AUGUCUUUCCUCGGUGGCGCAGAAUGCUCAACUUCCGGCAACCCCCUCAGCCAAUUCCAGAAACAUGUCCAAGAUGACAACAGCCUGCAGAGGGACAGACUAGUGCAGCGAGGCCCCAACGCUCUUGCCGGCGGCUUCAGAAGCGCCGGCGCGAACACCCCACAGGAUGAGAUGAUGAACGGUUUCCUCAAUAAGGCACCGGGUCUUCAACAUGAGCUUCCUAUGCAGAACGGCGCUGUGCGAAUAGAUUCCGCCCAGGGUGUGCACCUCCGCGCGAACUCGACAUCACCAACAUGGGCGAACGACUUUCAGAACCAAGCCGCCAUGGAAUCGGCCUUCAACGCGCCGCAAGGCACACAGUUCAGCCCCGAAGAUUUUGCGCGCUUUAGACAGAUGAACCAGCAGCCCUCGUCGGCGAGAGCAAGCCCGAUGCCCGGCCAGAUGGCCCAGCAACCGAGAAUGGGCAUGGGCAUGGGAAUGGGCAUGGGAUAUAACAGCAUGAUGGGGCAGUCAAUGUUCCAACCUAUGUACCAGCAACCCAUGCAACAGCAACAGCAACACGAGGAUGUCAAGGGGAAGGGAAAGCUCGUGGAGCUUGACGACAACAAAUGGGAAGAGCAGUUCGCGCAGAUGGAACUGCAGCAGAAGGAAGAGGCCGAGGCCCAGGCUGCAGAGCCUGAGUUGGAGGAGAUGGACCGGGCAAUGCAGAGUGAGACAGGUUUCGGCGAUUUCGAGUCAAUAUGGAGAGGAAUCCAGGCUGAAACUGCUGCAGCAAAAGGCAUGGUCGACGACUCGACAUUCGACAAGUUCGACAGCGAAGACUGGGGUCCAGACUUCACCGGCAUGAACGGCGACUGGGGCAGACUGGGCGACCCAGUUAUCGAGAACUACCUUUUUGAGGAGGAUAACUUCUUCAGCGAGGAGAAGAAUGCAUUCGAUGAGGGUGUGCGCAUCAUGCGCGAGGGAGGAAAUCUGUCCUUAGCGGCUCUCGCAUUUGAGGCUGCUGUCCAGCAGAACCCGGAGCAUACCGAGGCCUGGGUGUACCUUGGGUCGGCGCAGGCACAGAACGAGAAGGAGACUGCGGCUAUUCGUGCGCUGGAGCAAGCUCUCAAGCAAGACCCGAACAACCUAGCUGCCCUCAUGGGCUUGGCCGUCUCUUACACCAAUGAGGGAUACGAUAGCACCGCCUACCGGACGCUCGAACGCUGGCUGUCGGUUAAAUAUCCGAAUAUUAUCGCACCGACGGACCUGCACCCUAUGGCCGAGAUGGGAUUUACCGACCGCCAACAACUGCACGACAAGGUUACUGGCCUGUUCAUCAAGGCGGCACAGCUCAGUCCGGAUGGUGAACACAUGGAUCCCGACGUCCAGGUUGGCCUGGGCGUUCUGUUCUACGGCGCCGAGGAGUAUGACAAGGCCGUUGACUGUUUCACGGCAGCUCUUCAUUCGUCGGAGCUUGGAACCUCGAACCAGCAAGAGCAGCUGCAUCUGCUCUGGAACCGCCUAGGCGCUACCCUCGCCAACUCUGGUCGCUCCGAGGAAGCCAUCGCUGCGUACGAGAAGGCAUUGAGCAUCCACCCCAACUUUGUGCGCGCUCGCUACAAUCUUGGUGUUAGCUGCAUUAACAUUGGAUGCCACGCCGAGGCUGCGUCACACUUUCUCGCGGCGCUCAACAUGCACAAAGCUAUUGAGAAGAGCGGUCGCAGCAUGGCAUACGAGAUUCUGGGCAGUGGCGAGAGCUCGCGCGGUGGUACCAACACAGCUCAACUCGACGAACAGAUUGACCGCAUGACAGCGCAGAAUCGCAGUACGACACUCUACGACACCUUGAGAAGGGUAUUUACACAAAUGGGACGUCGGGACUUGGCCGAAAAGACGGUUGCUGGUGUCGAUCCCGAGAUAUUCAGAAACGAGUUCGACUUCUAG